AUGGCCGAUGAGUUCGAAGAUUGGAAGGAGGCGACCUCUGAAUUUCUUGUGGAAUGCCAAGAAAGUGCAGUGCUUGAAAGGCUCAGAGGCGUCAUUCAGCGGAGUCUUCUAGCACUGGAGAAUUUGAAGCGUCCUGAACGCCCUCUGAAGGACUUUGAUGAAGCAAUCUCAACAUCUUUGGAUGCAUACGAAAUGCUGGAGAGUUUUGGAUCCGCGGACGGCGAAAAGGCAGGUGGGAAUCUAUUGCGGAAGGUCACCACACUCCUAUCAGUCUUGUAUUACCGCAGAGCGGCGAACUUUCCGUCCUCGAAGCAUGAUAAAAAAGCUGUUGAGUUUCAAACCCAGGCUGUUGCCAGUCAGGAUACCGGUGGCGGUGAUCCGGUACCCAGAGCUAGACACACAUCCCUCUUUGCUGCGAUGCUGGCUGGCCAACACGAGAGACUUGCGUAUACUCUGGACAAUCAUGGCAUGCAAGAAGCUUUAAGCUAUUCGUGUUACAGCAUCAGAUAUCUUCAGAAAUAUCUGACCCGUCCGGAUGAAUUCUCUGAUUUUCCUCAGUACACCGCCCCAAGACGUUUCAAAUCUCCAUUCGAUGCUGCGGCCGAACAUGAGUCUUCAAUCAACUCUGGCAGGCUGUUAUGGGCAGCAAAACAGACUACUUCAGUAAUCAUCGAUAUUUGUGCCACCCAUAGUACAGUGUUACUAUCACACUUCCAAGCUACAAGCGACUCGCGCAGUCUUUCCGAGGCUUUGGCAUAUUCGACAGCUGUUGUAGAAUGUUUCAAUUCUGCACCGACUGAAACUUCAGAAUUUGUCGAAGAAUGGCCCGUACGGUUUUGCAAUCAUGGCAGAAUCUUGGAAGCUCAGUAUCAAAGAGACCGCUUUUCAAAGCGAAGAAGUGCUCUUAAGGCGCUCAGCGAGGCGAUCUGCUACGGAGAGCGAGCCCUGAAACAAAUGAAUGAAAACAGUGGCCGUAAGGCCGGUGUCCUGAUCUUGAUUGCUAAUUGGCUUUGCAACAAAUGGGAAUCAACGAAGGAUCUGAGACUGGUGGAGAAUGCUACUCAAAAGCUGGAUGAAGCCUACUCGUUACAAGAGUCCGAUAAAGGUGAAAUUUCUUUCAGCAAAUCGAUCAUCCUGGGGAUCCAAUACCGGAUAUCGAAGACGGCAAGUCGCACGAAUGAAGCCUUGAAGUAUCUGGACGAAGCCAUCUCAGAAGGCGAGAGAGCAAUCGAAAAGUUGACCGAGAACGACUCGCGUCUUGGUAAAUGGCACAAAAAUGUUGCCGAAAUGCAGAGGAUGAAGCUCCUUGACACCAACAGCGCUGACAAGCACUUGCGUGCCCAGUCGAAAAGAAAUUUCGCAAUUGCUGCAGAAGCCAAGAACGCGAGUUUUUCUGUACGUCUAUCUGCAGCUCUUGGAGGUGGACUGCUUCUUAUUGAGGAUGAGGCUAUGGAAGAAGCGCAUAAAAUUUUUCAAUGUGCAAUUGAACAGUUUCUUGCGUUCGAAAACUCUUUCGUUCUUCCACGAGAUUUGCAAGAGAACUUUCGACAAGCUUCAUCUCUCGCCGAGCACGCCGCCUCUGUCGCACUUCAGGUCGGAGAUCCUCCAUUUGUAGCACUUCGAUCUUUGGAACUAUCCCGCUGCAUCAUUUCAAGAUUGUCCAGGAAGACAAAAGUAGAUUUGUCCAAUCUAUACAAGGUCGAUGAAACUCUCGCCCGGAGAUACUCAUCAGCAAGAAGCGACCUUGAAAGAGAGAGAAGGCUGAUACAGCCACAUUACAUUUUCAAGCCGAAUGAAGAUAUGUGGUUGACGGACCUAAUGGGUCUCACAGAAGAUAUACAACAGCUGGACGCGUUCAAAAACUUCCAACAGCCGCUAACAGAGGCAGAAAUGAAAUUGACUGCGUCCGAGGGUCCAGUGGUUGUCGUCAACGUUUCGACUGUUUCUUCCGACGCAAUUAUUGUCACCAUUGACAAGAUCGUACGGUUGAACCUCCCCAAGAUGGGGUACAAGGACACAAGGGACAAAAUUCUCAUUUUGGAUGUGCUGAUCAGUCGAAAACAACGAGACUUCGCGCGAAGAAACGCCCAUAGACCUGCUAGUACGAUUGCAGCUGCUCUCGACGCCCUAUCAUGGCUGUGGGAGGUUGCUGUCAGAGAGAUUCUGAAAAAUCUCCCAAGAUCCACUCGGCGAGUCUGGUGGAUAACUACUGGUCUUGCCGAUCGACUUCCUUUUCAUGCCGCCGGAGACCACACUCCAGAUUCCAAAAACAACACACUCAAUUGCGUCAUGUCAUCAUAUGUCUCUUCUUUCCAGACAUUGCAAUACGCUAGAGAAAGAGCCAAGUGUACUUCCGCGAUCACUGAACGGAAUUCUCCUAAGAAGAUGUUCUUGGUGACUGUCACAAAUGAUCCGGACUCAUACGGCUACCUGAACACUGGCGCGGAAGUGGCUGCCGUCCAGAAAUUUUUCAAACCAGCACUCCAGGAUGAGGAACAAUUCUUCCAUCUCGAGAGCCCAAGCCCAGCGAGUGUUUUGCAUUUUCUUCGCCGCUAUUCAUUCGUUCACUUUGCUUGUCAUGGUGUUAGCAACGGCCAAGACCCAACUCAAAGCGGAUUGCUGCUCGUCGGGGAUCAAGGGGAGGGGGAAAUGUUAACAAUUGCGGAUAUUGAAUCAAGGCAGACAAAAGAGCACCAGCCAGGCGAGGUGGCCUAUCUUUCAGCAUGCUCGACAGCGAAAAUCCAACAAGAUGACACAUUAGCUGGCGAAGCAAUACACCUUGGGAAUCUGUUCCAGACCUUGGGAUUCCCCCAUGUGAUUGCGACGCUCUAUGGGGCCAAUGACGAGACUGCAGGUGAAGUGGCUGACGCAUUCUACGAAGAUCUGAUGCGUGAAGCAGACGGAAUACCAGGUGACGGGGAUUCAGUUUGCCUGGACGUUGUGGGAGCUCUGCAUAGAGCAACAAAGAAGGUUCGGAAUAAUCUCGAGGGCGAACACGUACUUGACUGGGUCCCAUUCGUCCAUAUUGGGCCAUAG